UGUUAAAAGGCUGCACACUCGCAGAAAAGCGAUCGUCUGCGUGACGUGCACAGAUGGUAGUCCUGAGCGGUAGGCAACAAUGUUUGGAAAUUUCACUAAGCCUGUCUUAUUGGAAAAAUAUUACUUCUUUACCGCAAAAAACGACCGAGAAAUGUUUAGACUAAACAAAAAAAUUACAUUCAUAAGAUUACAAAGAGUGAACGCACAGAUCUUCGCUUCUGCUUCUGUCGUCUGCAUGUGGCGGCUAAAAAUAGCGCCGUGUGAAGUGACGUCACGAGACGAGUUAGCGCCCUGUGAGAGCUCCAAUGGUGUCGGGCGGCGGCGAUCAGUAGUUUUGUAAGCAGCGUGCAAAUCACUCUCGCCCACGGCUUCCACACUGGCGGUGUUGAAUGUGACUUUCAAGAUCUGCGCGCUCCAAACACCAAGAAGAGUGGUUUGAGUGAAAAGUCGCCUCUGAGAGAGGUGCAAAGCCAUGGGGCUGAAAUUUCUGAGGAGUUUACUUUUGCUGGCCUCAGCGAUGUCUCUGCUGUUGGCGGAACAUCAAGCGAUGGGUGCAGUUGAAAAAGUGCCGGAUGUCGACUCCAUGUGCUCCACGGACACGUUUCGCUGCCAGACGGCGCUGCCACAAUGCAUCUCGCUUAACUGGGUCUGUGACGGCGACGAGGACUGCUUGAACGGCGAGGACGAAGCCAACUGCGAAACCCCCACGUGCCCUCCCGACCAGUUUCUGUGUUCCAGCGGUGUGGCUCGCUGCAUAUCCUUAGGCUGGCAGUGCGACGGUGAGAACGACUGCGACGAUGGCGCCGACGAAAAGCCAGAGCUGUGCCACAAUCGUAAAACCAAGGGAGUGCACGAUAGAGGUCUACCAUAUAUACCACUGGAAAUCCACUUUACCAUUACCAAUGCUCUACCAGAAGGCGACCAGGUGGAUCAGUUCCAGUGUUUGCCUAACCAGUAUCGGUGUCCGGGUACUCUGACCUGUAUAUCAUAUCAUCAACUUUGUGAUGAUACGACAGAUUGUCCAGAUGGUGCUGAUGAAGGCGGCCAUUGCAGAAAUGGAGCCUGCAGCCGUAAACAUUGCACAGAUGAAUGCAAAGAAACAAUACAAGGAGCUGAGUGUUUCUGCAGGAAUGAAUAUCAAAAACCAAAUGGCAGCAUAUGUCAGGACUUGAAUGAGUGCGAGUAUGGAAAAUAUUGUGACCAAAACUGCAAAGAUGUCAUAAAUGGCUACAACUGUACCUGUCAAGAUGGCUACAUACUUGUAAAUAGGUCCAGGUGUAUUGUUGAUCCACGUCUGAAGGAACCAAGACUUUUCAUUGCAAACCAGACAACCAUACAGCAACUCAGUCGAGAUGGGAAAGAGCUAAGACAGCCAUCUUUGAUAACACCACAAGGGACUAGAAUCUUAGCGUUUGACUUAAAUGUUGCCAACAACUCAGUCUGUUGGAUUUCUAGCGGAUCUGCAAUGACAUGUGGGGAUAUAGAUGGCAGAAGGAAGGCUUGGACUGUCACAGUCAUGUUCAGUCUAGAAUUUGUAAAGCAGAUGUCAAAGGAUUGGGUGUCAGGCAACUGGUAUUUUGCGGACGAAGUCAAAGAGCAGAUUUUCCUGUGCACAUCAGAUGGUAGUUAUUGUAUGUCAGUCAUCCACAAUGGAGUCAGAAGGCCCAAGUGUCUAGCUCUGGACCCAACUAAAGGGUACAUGUUUUAUGCUGAUUGGUCCACAAGUUCAAAGGUUAGUCGUGCUGACCUGGAUGGCAAUAAUCCAAAAGAUCUUGUGACUAAGAAGAUUGUACAUCCUCAUGGAAUUACUCUGGACUUUGCCCUGCAGCACCUGUACUGGGGUGACUCUUUCCUUGACUACAUAGAACGUGUAGAUUACAAUGGAAAUGGCCGUCAAGUCAUUCUUCCAGGAGUAAAAGUUCACCAGGUGUUUAGUGUUGCGCUUCUUGAGAAUGAUCUUUACUUCAUAAACCAUCAGAAUCGUCAUAGUUCCAUUAUCCGUUUACAUCGUGAUGGUGUUUUCCAUCCCCAAUCUGCGAUCAACAUUACUAUGGAUGGACCAGUUGCUUUCAAGAUUUUCCAUCAAGUUCGACAGCCGCAAAUGCCAGAGAAAAUUUGUGAGAAGAAAAACUGCAGUCAUUUGUGUAUUCCUGUGCCACAAAAUGGACAUGCUGUGGCAAAGUGUAUAUGCAAGGCAGGGUACACUUUAUUUGAAGAGAGAGAGUGCAAGCGAAUGACUGUCGACCUAUUUGCUCUACACCAAUGCCCAGCAAGGUACAGUGCGAAGUGUUGCUAUGGAUUUUCUAUUUCUGGGGAUGUUCAGGAGCCUAUUCACAACCUGUUGAGACCAGUUGCUCUUGCUAUUGAUCCACGCAACAAUGAUGUGUACUAUUCUGAUGUGAAAACCCUGCAAAUAGGUCGUCAUAACACAAAUGGUACUGACCCUCCAAUAGUUCUGUUGGGAAAUGGAGUAGGAGCUACUAGCUGUGAGGGUCUGGCGGUGGACUGGAUUGGAAACAACCUGUACUGGACUGAUGUUGAUCACAGGAGCAUCUUUGCUGCGAGUCUCAGCAACUUGAGUCUGAUUACGCACCUGGUGAGCAGCAACCUCACCCAUCCAAAGUCGAUUGUUCUGGAUCCAGAGAAUGGCAUGAUGUACUGGGCGGACUGGGCAAUGCGACCUGCUCCUUUUGUGGCCAAAAUAGAAUGUGCUAGAAUGGAUGGAACAGAAAGGAGGACUCUGACUAGAGAUGUGCAAUGGCCCAACAGCCUGUUUCUGGAUAAGAAAGAAAAUAUUCUUUACUGGACUGAGGCAUACUAUGAUCGCAUUCAAGGCAUGUUCCUCAGCAAUGGCACAAUCUUGAAUGGAUCACAGGUGCCACUGCAGUAUUUGGAUCAUCCAUAUGGCAUAGUUUUCCAUGAUGGCACUUUUUAUUGGACUGAAUCCUUGAAAGGGCAGGUGCGCAGUUUUCGGAAUGACACAGGCAUGAUAAUUCUUCGUAAUGACAGCAAGCCUAUUUUCAAUUUGGUGCCAGCUAACAGUCAGCAUGUAAAUUUUUCAUCUAACCAUCCCUGCAUCAAGGCCAAGAUGUGCAGUGAUCUGUGCAUUCCUACAGGGCCAGCAACAUAUAUUUGCAUGUGUGCUUUGGGGCGAACUCUAAAGUCAGAUAAUAACACAUGUGAAGGCGAUCUGGGACGCCUGACGUGUAAUGCUAACAGCCAGUUCCAGUGUCAUGACGGUAGCUGCAUUCCUAUCACCAUGAAAUGCAAUGGCAUUCCUCAGUGCCUUGAUAAGUCUGAUGAAGACAGUAAUACUUGUGGUAACACUACAUGUGAGAACUAUAUGUUCUCAUGUGAUAUCAACAAAUGCAUUUACCAGCAGUUUGUGUGUGAUGGGGAGUAUGACUGCCUUGAUCACUCAGAUGAACAAGUUGACUUAUGCAAAGAUCGCAAAUGCCCUGGAAACUAUACAAGGUGUGCAAGUAACAAUCACUGCAUCCCUAAUACAUGGAAGUGUGAUGGGGAGAAAGACUGUCAAGAUGGUUCUGAUGAAAAUCCAGAAGAAUGUCAUUUCAAAAGCAGACCAUGCACCCCACAUGAGUUUCAAUGUUUGAGUGGACGGUGUAUACCUCACACCUAUAGGUGUGACAAUGAGUAUGACUGUGACGAUCACACAGAUGAGGCUGAAUGUAGUCAUUGGUGUGACCCAGACCGUGAAUUCAAAUGCAAAGAUGGCUCCACCUGCUUGCCAAUAAGCUACCUAUGCGAUGGAGAGAGAAACUGUCCUGAUGGAACUGAUGAACUAAAGUGCCUGAACCAGCAGGUCAUUUGCGAAGCUAGUGAAUUCAUGUGCAUUGAGGACAGGUCCUGCAUCCCAAAUCUAGCACGUUGUGAUGGCAUUGGCGAUUGUGUGAAUUCAUCUGAUGAAGUUGGCUGUGAUGGCAUUAAAAUACAGCAUCUUAAUGACACAAACAGUUGCCAUUGGUCUGAGUUCAAAUGUGAUGAUGGUAGUAGAUGUAUACCCAGUGCAUGGAAAUGUGAUGGAGACAACGAUUGUGCAGAUCGCUCAGAUGAACGCCACUGUAGCUUUUUUUCAAGCUGCCUUCUUCCCAACUUCUUAUGCCUAAACCAUUCCUACAUGUGCUUGCCACCGGAGAAGGUGUGCAACAACUCUUUCGACUGCCCAGACCACUCUGAUGAGGGCCGACUCUGUGAAUAUGACAAUUGCCUCAAUAAUGACUGUAGCGAUGUGUGCUACACCUUCCCAGAGGGCUUUGUGUGUGGAUGUUUCAAAGGUAGAACACUUCUUCCAGACAACAAAACAUGUACAGACAUAGACAUAUGUGACCAGUGGGGAGCUUGCAGUCAGAAGUGCACGAAAGUCCCUUCAGGAAAGAAGUGUGAAUGCUACUCUGGCUAUUCCCUUAUGAGUGAUGGCUACAGCUGCAAAGCUGAUGGUGACGAUCCCGUGCAUGUGAUAUUUUCACGUCGACAUGAGAUUCGUCAACAGAAUGUGAGGACUUUGGAGGAGCAGUCACUUGUAACAGGCCUCCGUAAUACCAUUGGAAUGGACUUCCUGUGGGAGAAAAAGUGGCUUUUUUGGACAGAUGUUGGAGAUGAUAAGAUAUACCGUGGGACCAUUUUGCCAAACACUGUGACAGACAUUCAUCGUAUCGUUGACGUUGGACUUUCCACAACUGAAGGCAUUGCAGUGGACUGGGUAGCAGGAAAUAUCUAUUGGGUGGAGAGCAAUCUGGACCAAAUUGAAGUUGCCAAAUGGGAUGGCAGUAAUCGCACCACCUUACUAGCUGGCUCCAUGCACAGUCCCCGUGCUCUUGCCCUUGACCCACGUGAUGGUCUUCUUUUCUGGACUGACUGGGAUGGGGAAAUGCCUCGCAUUGAACGUGUAGCCAUGAGUGGACAAAGAGAAACACGGCAAAUCAUCUUUGACAUCCGAAAUGUGUCAGGCAGUGGGUGGCCAAAUGGGUUGGCUCUUGACUAUGAAAAUCGUCGUCUGUACUGGGUUGAUGCCAGAUCUGACUCGGUGCACUGCACAAAGUAUGAUGGCUCAGGGCAUCAGCUGAUACUUACCUCCCAUGAAUACCUUAGUCAUCCAUUUUCUCUUACUGUUUUUGAGCAUUACAUCUACUGGACAGACUGGCGCCUCAAUGGUGUCAUCAGGGCAAACAAGUUCAAUGGCUCGGGGAUAGAAGUUUUGCAAAAAACAUACACACAGCCAUUUGACAUCAAAGUCUUUCAUCCUUUUCGGCAGCCAAAAGUUGAGAGGAACCCAUGUGAAAAUAAUGGAGGCUGCUCCAAUUUGUGUCUGCUUGGCCUAAAUGGUACAUCAGUGUGUGCCUGUCCUCAUCGCUUCAAACUUGGAGCAGAUAAUAAGACAUGUGAGAAGGAUGACACAUUUCUGCUGUAUGUCAAGGAGCAUGAGAUCCGUGGAGUGGAUCUGUCAUAUGCAUACUACAAUGUGAUCCCAUCUAUCACUCUCCCUUUUGUGGAGAAUGCCUCUGCUAUUGAUUAUGAUGUUCAGGCAGAUCGGCUCUACUGGACAGACAGAAAUCGCAAUGUGAUCACGUCUGCUUUCCUCAAUGGGACUGGUAUCCAAACUGUUAUUGAUACAGGCUUGUCGAACCCAGAAGGUUUUGCCAUUGACUGGCUUUCGCGCAAUAUGUACUUCACAUCCUAUGAUAAAAAUGAAGCCUCAAUCUCUGUGGCAAACUUGGAUGGGGCUUACCGUCAAGUCAUCUUCAGCAGCGGAGGGGACUCAAAACCCAACUCAAUGGUUAUUCAUCCAAGAAAAGGGUUGAUGUUCUGGUCAGAUAUUGGAGGCAGCACUCAUCGAAUCAUGCGUGCAAACAUGGAUGGUACUAAUGUGACAGAAUUUGCCACUAAUCUUAACCACCCUGCCAGUCUGACCUUGGAUAUGGAGGAGGAGAAGUUGUACUGGGUCAGCCGAAAAGAGGCCAAAGUGCUGUAUUGUCCUCUCACAAUCCUCAACAGUAGCAUCACAAAAUUUGACCAGGAAACUCAGACCAAGAUGACAUGGACAACAGACACACAGCCCAUCUCAGCAAUGCAGAUCUACAAUCCCAAAAUCAGGCGCGGUGAUAGCAAUGGAUGCACGAAGAACAAUGGGGGAUGUCAGCAGCUUUGCUUGCCGUUGCCUGGGAACCCGCCCCGAAUUUGUCGAUGCACAUCUGGCUGAUCUGGUGCUGAUGGGAAAACCUGUCUUGGUGUUUAUCCCUUUAUUUUAUACUCAACUGAAUCAAAGAUCAGAGGAAUGAAACUCCACGGAGAGGUCAAGCCAGAAGUUUUAGCUCCUGUGUCGAGGACUUCUCUUGCAGCAUCUGUUGACUUCUAUGCCAAGGAAGAUAUGAUUUAUUGGGUGGACACCAAUAUACAAACAAUAUCUCGAAUCAAACGAGACUUAAGCCAGCGUGAGAAUAUAAUUACUGAUGGCAUCAGUCGUGUGGAGUCACUUGCAGUGGACUGGGUAGCAGGCAACAUAUACUGGGUAGACCGCGGACACCAUGCCAUCCAAGUAGCCAGGCUUGAUGGAUCUCAUCGUUACGUCAUCAUACACGACAACUUGGACAAACCUCGUAACAUUGCUGUGGACCCAAAGAAUGGGUAUUUAUAUUUCACCGAAACAGGAAGUUUCCCAAGAAUCAUUCGAGCAAAGUUAGAUGGCUCGGAGCGAGAAAAUUUUGUUGUUUCUCAGCUGAAAACAGAAUAUGAAGAAGAACUGCCCGUUCUUCUUCCUGAAGGACUCGCUAUAGAUUUUGCCGAGAACAUGUUGUACUGGUGUGAUAGAAGGAGAGAUGUCAUUGAAAAAGUCAACAUCACUUCAAGAAUUCGUAAAGUUGUUGUGUCAUCUGGCUUGGUGGACUGCAGGGCUUUGGCUGUUUACGGUGAUUACGUCUACUGGGCAGACCAAACUGAAAGUGGAGGCUCCAUUAAAAGAUUCAAUAAGACACAUAGUUCUCAGAUUGACAGUAUUGCUGCCCAUAUUGACAAGCUUCAGGACAUUAAAAUCUUUUAUGUAGAAAAUGACAUACAGAACCCUUGCAGUGACAAGAAUGGAGGAUGUCAAGAACUCUGUCUGUACACUGGAGGUAACAGUACUACAUGUGCUUGUUCCCAUGGCAGAGUAGCCAAGGACAAAAAGUCAUGUGAAGACUAUGAUGCCUUCCUGCUGUACUCUAAAGUCACUUCAAUUGAGAGCCUUCACUUGUCCAACAAGACAGACUUGAACGCUCCUCGGGAACCCCUGCAGAAUGAACAGAAGAUGCAGAAUGUUAUUGGACUUGCCUACGACUUUGAUACACAGCGUGUCUUCUUUAGUGAUAUUCAGCGUGGGGAUAUUUGCAGUGUAUUCUUCAACAACACCGGAUAUAAACAGAUUGUCAGAAAUGUGGGAUCAGUAGAAGGGCUUGCGUUUGACCCCAUGCAUCAGGUACUCUAUUGGACUAGCUAUACCAACUCCUCCAUCAACUACCUUAACUUUAAACCUCAGGACACAAUAAAAGACCAACCAUUGCGAUUGUUCUGGACAAACUGGAAUGACCACCAGCCAGCCAUACAAACAGUGCAGUUCAACGGUCACAAUGCACAAUCCAUCAUCUCUGAUGAUAUUCGCACUCCCAAUGGCCUGACGAUUGACUACGCAGCCCAGAAGCUUUACUGGUCUGAUGCUCGACUGGACAAAAUUGAACGCUGUGACUAUGAUGGUUCAAACAGAGUAGUGAUUGUGACAUCAGUUCCACAGCACAGUUUUGGUAUGACAGUCCAUGGAGAUUUCCUGUACUGGACAGACUGGGUGCUGCGUGCUGUGCUCCGUGCAAGCAAGUAUGAUGGAACAGGACUCACGUGGCUGAGCAAGAACCUUCAGCGCCAGCCCAUGGGCAUCAUUGCUGUAGACAAAGAAGUCAGAUGUGAGAAAGACCCAUGCCACUUGAAUGCAUUUGGGUGUGAUGAAAUCUGCUCUGUUCUUGCUGAUGGUACACCUGAAUGCAGAUGCUUUAAAGGACAUGCCCUGCUGUCUGACAAAAAACGCUGUGUUGUUGAGGGACUUCAGGAGCUUUGCCAAGAUGAUGACUUCAUCUGCCACUCCAAGUAUCGCUGCAUACCUCUCAAUGCAACUUGCAAUGGCAUUAUCGACUGCAUGGAGGAUGGCAGUGAUGAAAAUGAAUUAUUUUGCUUGAACCGGGAGUGCCCAGCUUCCUACUUCAGAUGCACAGAUGCUCAGGGCUUGCAUCGCUGCAUUGAGAUGCAUCAUGUCUGCGAUGGAGCAAUUGAUUGUGCAGAUGCAUCUGAUGAGGAGUUUUGCCCUUGUCAUGAAGAUGAAUUUCGCUGUAACAAUGGCAUGUGCAUCAAAGCCAAAUAUCGCUGUGAUCAUGACAGCGAUUGUCCAGACCAUUCUGAUGAGAUCGGAUGCAAUUUUGACUGUUCCGGCCUGCAAACAUUGGGGGCCAAGCAUGAGGAGUUGGUAUCCUGCAACACUACCUCCAUGUGCAUCUAUCCUAGCUGGAUCUGUGACCGCAGUAAUGACUGCUGGGACAACAAUGAUGAGAAAAACUGCAACUAUACAAACAAAGAAUGUCUUGACAAUAUCUCUUGCAAUGAUGGGACCUGCAUCUUGCCUCAGUGGAGGUGUGACAAGGAUUACGACUGUGCUGACCAGUCGGAUGAGGCAAACUGCACAUAUAAGUGUGAGAAAGAUCAAGUGGCAUGCAACGACUCCAUGUGUGUGCCCUCUACUUGGAUCUGUGAUUCCUUACAGGACUGCAGUGACCACUCUGAUGAACAGAACUGUGAUCACCGGAAAUGCAACAAUGAGACAGAGUUUCAGUGUAGUUCUGGUCGUUGUAUCCCACUCGAGUGGAAAUGUGACGGUGACACUGACUGCAAUGAUGGAGCAGAUGAAAGAGUGGACAUAGCUGGAUGCAUGCCAGUGAAAUGUGACUGGGAUCAAUUCCAGUGUCUCAACCGCCAGUGUAUUCGCAGCAUUUUCUAUUGUGAUGGCGACAAUGAUUGUGGCGAUUUUUCAGAUGAGCCAGAGUCAUGUGUCUAUGAAAACUGCACAGCUGAGGAGUUUAAAUGUUCCAUGGGCCACAAGUGUAUUGCUGAACAACGUUGCAACAAGAUGUAUGACUGCCCUGAUCAUUCAGACGAAAUCAACUGCACAGAGACAGAGCUUGUACCUUGUGGCAACUCUAGUUUUUUCCAGUGUGGUGAUGGCACAUGCAUUUCCCAAAGCCUUUUGUGCAAUAAUAAAAGCGAAUGUCCAGAUUCCUCAGAUGAACCUUCCAUCUGCAAUGUGAAUGAAUGCAAGUUCUUUAAUGGAGGCUGCCACCAGGUUUGUGUUGACAAAACACUUGGCUUUGAGUGUCGGUGUCUCCCUGGUUUUGAGCUGCAGAGCAACAAAAGGGACUGCAAAGACAUUGAUGAGUGCACCACACAGUACCCCUGCAGUCAUUUCUGUGAGAACUUUCCACAGUCUUUCACCUGUAGCUGUGCUGAAGGCUAUGCCUUGGAGCGAGACAAGAGAUCCUGCAAAUCUGUCAAAAGUCCAAAGCCUCGUCUGUUGCUGGCUAAUCGCUACUACAUUCGCUUGGUGAAUAUGACCACGGGUAGCAGUGCCAUCUUGUUUAGCAAUCUGACCAAUGCUGUUGCUGUGGAUUAUGACUGGAAGGAGCAGUAUGUAUACUGGACAGACAUCACCAGUUUCAACAGCAGCAUCAACCGCAUGCCUUUCAAUAAUACCUUCCACAAGGUGGAACCUCAAGUUCUACACAGCAGCACAGUACGUAAUCCUGAUGGUUUGGCUAUUGACUGGGUGGGUCGCAACUUAUACUGGUGUGACAAGACUACAGAUACCAUUGAGGUGUCACUUCUGGAUGGCCGAUACCGCCUUGUUUUGUUACGUGAAGGCUUGGAGGAACCCAGAGGACUUGAAGUGUUCCCUCAGCGGGGACUUCUCUUCUACUCUGACUGGGGUGACACACCUCAUAUUGGACGUAUAAACAUGAAUGGCACCAACCAUACUCGUAUCAUCGAGGGGAACCUAGCCUGGCCUAAUGCACUGACCAUAGACUAUGUGACAGGAACCAUCUUCUGGGCAGAUGGUAACCUUGACUAUAUUGGCAUGGCUGAUGUUGAUGGAAAGAAUCGCAGAGUGGUGAUAGGCCAGGACCAUGUGGUGCCCCAUAUAUUUGCCAUUGCAACUUUUGAAAACCGCUUGUACUGGACUGACUGGGGAAGACAUGCGGUGACCUAUGCAGACAAGUUUUCUGGCCUUAAUGUUACAAACCUUACCACCCUGGUACACCGACCCAUGGACAUUCAGGUUGUGCACCCACUCCGUCAAGUGCCUGUAUUGGAUGCUUAUCACCUUGACCCCUGUGAACGCCUGCAGUGCUCUCAUCUGUGUCUGCUACGGCCUGUAGUGGUUAAUGGGAUAAAUGCAGUUGUUGGGGGAUGUGCUUGUCCAGAGAAUCAUUACCUUGCACUUGACAACCGCCAGUGCAUUUCAAAUUGCACCAGUUCUCAAGUACUGUGCAGUUCAGCAUCCAAGUGCAUACCCUUUUGGUGGCAGUGUGAUGGCCACAAGGAUUGUGAGGAUGGAUCUGAUGAACCGGAAACCUGUGGCAAGUACUACUGCCAGCAGCGUGGCAUGUACCAGUGCCAGAAUGCCAGUAAUUCUGGAGAUUGUCUCCCUCCCUAUCAGAUUUGUGAUGGCCAAGCACAGUGCUCUAAUGGAUCUGAUGAAUUAUUAUGUGAACCUUACCAGUGCUUACAACAUUAUAUGAAAUGUAAGGUCGAUAAUAAGUGUAUCCCUGAAACACAACGGUGUGACAAUCACAAUCACUGCAGUGAUGGAGAGGAUGAAAAAGAUUGCAUGAAUAAGACUUGCAGCCCCAACCAGUUUCAGUGCAACAACACACGCUGUGUGCCCUUUGUUUGGCGGUGUGACAAUGAUAACGACUGUGGGGAUGGCUCUGAUGAACCUGAGAACUGCCGGGCAUUGGAAUGUCAGGAAGCUCAUUUCAAAUGUAAUAGAACUGGCCGAUGCAUCCCUCAGGCUUGGAUGUGUGAUGGUGAUAAUGACUGUGGAGAUCAAGACUACUCUGAUGAAAUGAGUCAACAGUGCCACCAAAAAACAUGUGAUCCAACUUACUUCAAGUGUACCAAUGGACAUUGCAUUCCUGGUCGAUGGCAUUGUGAUUUUUACGAUGACUGCAAAGAUGGCUCUGAUGAGGCUGGUUGCCAGCGCAAGAACUGCUCAGAAGCAGAAUUCAGAUGUGAAGAUGGGAAAUGCAUACCCAGGAAACUACAGUGUGACCGAAAUGUAGAUUGUUCUGACCACAGCGAUGAGAGAAACUGUGAUUCCAACUGCACUGCAGAGGAGUUCAAGUGCAGGAAUGUGGAACACUGUGUUCCACUGGCCUGGAGGUGUGAUGGAGAUACAGACUGUGCUGAUGGUACAGAUGAAUGGAAUUGCCAACGCACCUGCCCACCAGGAGAGUUCCAGUGCAAUAACAGUAUCUGCCAGCCUCUGCUGUGGCGUUGUGAUGGUGACAAUGACUGCGGUGACCACUCUGAUGAGGACGAACAUUUGUGUGCUAGUUUCAGCUGUGCCCCAGGACGAUUCCGCUGCACCAACCACAUUUGCAUCUGGAACAGCAUGGUGUGUGAUGGCAAUAAUGACUGUGAUGAUGGAUUAGAUGAGAAUAACAUCACAUGCUCUGAAAGGAACAGAUGUGUGACUCCUAAUAUUCAGUGUCCUCUCUCUUACUUGUGUCUGCCACCCAGCAAACUGUGCAAUAACAUCACAGACUGCAGCACCACUCACAUCAACGACCAGUCUGAUGAGGACCCAGCUUUUUGCAGAACAAUGGUGCCAUAUCAAAACUGCAGUGAAAAUAGAGGAGGUUGUGACCAUACUUGUCACCAGAUGGAGUAUGGUGUUAUUUGCAGCUGUAAAAAAGGCUUUGAACUGGCUGAUGAUGGUCACACCUGUACAGAAAUCAACCCGUGUAUUAAGUGGAGAACGUGUUCUCAACUUUGCAAGUUUGACAACCAAACUCAUACACACAACUGCUCUUGUGAGAAAGGCUACCAGUCAUCUGGACUUUACUGCUUAGCUCCUAAAGAUGCCCCACCAUCUUUGCUUGUGGCUAUGAAUGCAACACUGCACAGAGAUGUUCUCAGAUCAGCAAUGGAAACCCCUUCUGUGGAGGUGGAACUGCACACAGGACAAAAGAUUAUUUCCAUGGAUGUGGACAUGAAUGGUAAUGAUUGGCAGAUCUUCUAUAGUGUCCAUAACAGACAGGAAAACCUGUGGCACAUCUACAAAAAGACCAUUUCAUCUAAUGGCUCUAACCGCAACCGCAGAGAUGUUUCUCCAACCAAGAUCUACAAUAGCACAAAUGAGAUUCGAGGUCUGAGUGUUGACUGGAUCUCCAGGCGUCUGUACUGGGUUGAUGCUACCCAGCGUGUAAUUCGUGUGGCUGAAUACACUGGAAUGCGCAGCAAAGUGGUAGUAAAUCACACACAGCUGCAUAGUCCUCCAGCCUUAGUUGUUGAUGCUGCUGCAAGUAAGCUAUACUGGACAGACAGAGGGCUGUUUGCCAGCAUCAGCUGUUCCAACCUGGAUGGCUCCAGUCGUGUGACACUUGUGGAAAAGGACAUCUACUGGCCUAUUGACCUGGCAUUAGACUCAGCGAACGGCCGUCUUUACUGGGUGGACAUAAAAAAAUACACUUUAGAAACAGUGUCCAUGAUUGGCAAGGAUCGGCACGUGGUGCACAAGUUCCCUGCUUCAGAACCACCACUGGCACUAGAUGUGUUUGAGAACUCAGUAUUUGUUCUGGUAUCGGGUAGUGAUGGAAGCAUUGUCUUGGAGCUUGACAAAUUUCUUGGUCGAAACCAUUCAAAGAUGUAUUUGCCUGAUCAUACCCAUGACAUAGUUGUGGCCCAUCCCUUGAAGCAAAAAAAAGUGGACAGUGCCUGUGAUAAAUCAGCAUGCAAGGAGACACAAGUGUGCUUCAACCUUCCAGAUGGUCACACAUCUUGCUUAUGUCCCGAUGGAGCUGUCAUUGAUGGCAAACGCUGCUCCUUCCAGAAGCCAUGUCCCCCUGAUCAUUGCAUGAAUAAUGGCACCUGUUUUGAAAAGCUUGGAGUAUCAAAGUGCAGCUGCCCACCUAAUUUUCAAGGAGAGCACUGUGAGAUAAGUCGUAUCUUGUGCAGUCAAGAUCCUUGUCUGAAUGGUGGCACUUGUUUUGCGAAACCGUAUGGCUUCAGCUGCGAGUGCCUACCUGGUUUCUUAGGUGACACUUGUGAGCAGUGUGUCAACCAUUAUUGUGCCAAUGGAGGAAAAUGUAUACAGGAAGGAUGGCAGCAGAAGUGUAAGUGUCUGGAUGACUUUGAUCCUGCCACCAACUGUAGAUUUGUUACCUGUGCAAAGUCUUGCCAGUUGGGAAACACUCCUGUUAAUAUCUCUCGGCAACCAGAAUGUGACUGUAACUGUCCCCCAUCAUACACCGCAAGAGACUGCAACAAUGAGUGCAUCGACUUUUGCCUUAACAAGGGUGUCUGCAGCAUUGAUCAUGACACCCAGGAGCCAAGGUGCAGGUGCGAUGAAUUUCAUUCAGGAGAAAGGUGUGAAAACUGUAAGUGUGAGCCAGGAGGAAAGUGUUUGGAUGACAGCACAGAGGCCAUCACAUCCUGCAGGUGUAAAGAUGGUUACAGCGGUCACUUCUGUGAGUCUUUUCAGACCACCACACAAAAUCGAUCAGGAAUAGAUGGACUCCUGGUUGGAAUACCAGUGGCUGCUGCAGUAGCAGUUAUUGUGUUACUUAUUAUUUUCAUCGUGGUGAGGCGCAAGAGGAGGGAGAGCCAGUAUAACCACAAACGUAUGCUGGAAGGAGGAGAGCUGAAUGUUAGCAAUCCUGUUUACAUGCGGAAAGAUCCUGAUGACGAGGAUGAUGAUGAAAUGGAACCACUGGGGGCUCGUGACAUCUACACUGGCAAUUCGGCCGCCAACUUUGGUAAUCCUAUUUAUGAAAUGUACACAACUACUGGUGACAGCACACAGAAACUUCUUCAGGAGGCUCCAAUACAAAAUGAAGAACAAGAGCUUCUGGAAAGUGGAUUACCAGUACGCUAUUUUGGCACAAACGAGGGGACACACACCAAGACAAAGAAAUAUCCCAUGGCAUAGCAGCCAUGGCUUGUUCAGUGAGAGGCACAGCUGGAGGAAUUUGUGGAGAUGCUACUGUGGUACCAGUUUGAGUCCUUUUCACAAGGAUCCAUCAGUGGUCUGCUCUGUUCCUGACCAACUCAUGAGUGUCCAGGCUGCUCACUUCUCACUAGGUGGCAGGCUCCACGAAAAGGCUUGCUGUGCACUACUGAAAGACAUUAGUCUUAAAUGACUAAAUAAUGUCCUCUUCAAGCAAUCUACUUCUUGUUUAUAGGAGACAUUCCACUGCCACCUAGUUCACGAAGGUUCAGAAGUUUCUCAUCUGGGUCAGCUUGCUUUUUUCCCCAGGAUUCUGUCUUGGUAAAGGAAGUUUCAUGGGCAUUAUUUAAUGGCCACAUUCAUCAUGUUUCUUGUUGGAAGUGAUUGAACUUCAGCAACAGUUUACAGCAAAUCAGUUUGACACUCAUUUAAGUUUUGCAUAGCAUCUACUACACCUGAUAUAUUUGGAGUCGAAAGAUUUCUGUACACAUCCACAGGAUUUGUAAGCGUUCCCUUUGUCCACAUUCUGGUGUGAAAAGCAGUGACUGGUGCAGCAAACUUACAGUUUGAUGUGGAAGAAGAACAAUGCAACAGUUGCAGCUGAUUUUCCCCACACACAACCUGCAUCUAUUGCUUAAAAGUGAUGAUUACUGAAUGUAUUGUGGAACUAAAUGACUGGACCUAACAAAACAUAGUUUUUGUAUUAAUAUUUUUUUCAUGAUUAUGAAAGAAGAGGUUUAAUUAAUUAGGUGGUACUUUGAAGUACUUUUGAUUCUGGCUGCUGUAGUAACAUUCAUGUGUUACCAGCCCAUGACCAGUGCAGACCAUGCAUUUUGCUAACUAAAUUUGAAUAUGUGAUAGUUACUUGGAUACAAGAGGGAAAGAGAAAGAAGACUUGGAUGUUGGAGCUUUCAAAACAUUGUUAAGCAGAUCUGUGAUCACGUCGAGACGGGUUUCGUGCUGCAAGAUGUGGUAGAGCAUCACCGAAGACUUGAUGCUGUUUGGUUGUGAAAGACAAAAGUGUAAUGUUGACCUACUUGUUUUUCAAACCCUUGACCACCCACCCAUCCAAAUACACCGUAAGCCAAAAAACAAAUGACUGAAGGAUUGAAUGCAUUGGCCCAUGAUGGCAGAGUUAACAUGAUGAAACGCAGACAACCUGCUGACACACGAGUCUGCUCAUUUUAUAUUCACUGUUUUAUACUUUGCUGGCAGUCUUUUCCUGCUCAUUUGCUGGACCUCAUGUUCAUUUUCUCAGGCAAUAUGAGUCCAGGGCAUGGGACAGGAUUUAUGUGUUGAAUAACACCAGGUAGUGCAUGGUAUUGUGUUAAAUAUUCCGUAAAUCUGCAGAUGUCUUCUGUUCAACUUGAUCUUUUUGUAUUAGAAAAAUAUUUUCUGUAGAAUCCACACAUAAACGGGUUGUAAUUACAGAAUGUAUUAUUUUUGAAGAAAAAUCUACUUCCAGGGAACUAAAAUAAUCGUUUUAUAAAUUUUAUGACAUAGACUUGAAUAAUUGUGUAAUAUAUAUGUGUGUGUGUUUUGAAAUAAAUGUUUGUGUGUGCACUUUGUCUUGUAUGAACAGUCAUAAAAUAUGCCAUAAAUCGCAUAUCAACAUUGUAGAUGAAACCAUUCCUAAAUCCAGAAAGUUUAACUGUUCUUGUAGAGUUAAGUCAGUCUCCAUCAGCUGCAAUUCAAGACUUAAAAGACAAGUUAUUAUUAUUUGUCCCCUUCCAGUAAAUCACCAUCUUGCAUCCAGCAUGUACCUAUUUUGUGGAAGUGAAACUAAAGCCAAGACAGAGACAGCUUAUAAUUUCUAGCUGUGGGUGCUGUAUGUCCCAUCAAAAUGUGUGAAGAUUCAAAUUACACAUCAUCCAGAGAUCCAUUUUAUGUAAAUGCAUCAUACUUGCAUUAUGUUGACUGAUUCCUUCCCAAGAGGAAGAAAAAUUUGUUUGUUACUUUUCAUGGAUUUCUUUUUUUAAAAGUCCUUGACCUCAGUGUUUCUCGACUUACAGCCAAAAAACUAAAAACACGGCAGACAAUAAAGUUUGAGCUUUUGUACCUCUGUCAACACAAGAAUUUGCAUCAUCGGCUGUUCUUCUUCUUGAUGUUGAUAAUUAAACCAGAAAUGAAUUGGUGCUUUAGCAUCGAACUAGAAGUUAAGGUGGGGAAAAAUCAUCUGCAGGCAGUCUAGAGAUAUAAGUCCACACUUUAAGCAUAAGCUCUUUAAGUAGAACUCCAAAACUGAAGCCUUUUUAAACCAAUAAAAUAGGUGAAAUAUUUUAGUGCACACUGAAUGUCAAACUUAAAAAAUAGUGUACAAAUACAAAAAAUAUUUGUAUUGCAAAUUGCUGUUUGUCUAAUGUAGAUUUUUAAACAGUACAACACAAUCAGAUCCUUUUUUUCCUUUAUGUGUGUGCGUGUCACAACAGUGAUUCUAGACAACGGUUCUCUAAGUGAUGAACAACUGGAAACACCAGCUGACAAUAUGUGUGAAUACUGUACAGAUGGUUUAAUAGCUUGUAAUUUUUCCUCAGUAUGGAAAACAUUCCGCUUGGUGUUAAUAAUUCAUGCUAACCUUAAUUCCAUAACAAUUACAAUUUGUUGUUUUUCUCCCUCAAUAACUUGGCUAAUUUUUUUUCUUCUUUUCUAUAAUGCUUUCUCUCAGCUCAUCUAAUUUGUUUUAUUGCUCGGGUUGCACAAUAAAUUUUAUUUCUGCCACUACUGCUGUCUAUAGUGCUAAAGGGAUAGAUGAUUAGAAGACAGUGACUCUUAAGAACGGACUGUGAAAAUGAAACAGAGUGACCAAUGUGGUUGUAGCAUAUUUUGUUCCUAUAAAGUCUCUUUAAGCUUGCUCUUGCCUACAGGUCUUGUUUAUUUUGCUAGUUCGUGAAUAGCAUUCAUUAUAUUAAAGGUUUUUUUUUUUUCUUAUUAUUGAUCUAAAGGAUUCUCUAGCCUCAUGGUAGUAUAUGCCUUUAUAUAGGAGAGACAAUUUUAAAUUCCCUAGUAAGCAUGUUGUGGCAGUGUAAAAUAUUUCUGUAGAAAAACUGCUGUUGGCUCUCAACCUUUGCACAGAACUGAAUCAAAAGUAACAAUUGUGAUUUGUUUUAUCAAAUCAAAAAACAGCACUUUGUCAUAUGCUUUUAUUUAACUACUUUGAACGAAAUGUUGCAAUUUUAUUAGUAAUUUUUUAUUUUUAAAAAAGCCAAAGCUGUGCCAUAUCUUCUCACCAUAGAUAAAACAGUUUCAGGCAUUCAAAAGCAUAUGUAUGGUUGUUGAAAUGUGGUAUUGUAAAACCUUGGCAACUGUGAAAGUUUGAAGAAUUGAUAUUUUCAUUCUUGGUUAAAAACAAAAUGCCAGUUUUGCUGUCACGCUGGUGGAUGAUCAUACUUUGUAUAGUGAGUGAAUGCUUGUUGAGAUUUGAAUGCAAUGCUGUUUACUAAUGUUCAGUGUCUUCCAUACAAUGACCAAAGAAAUACUUAUGUAUACUUAGCCCUCUUUUUCACAAUUAGGUGUUUUUUUAUCGAGUUAUUGCAGAUAGAGAGGUGGCAUCUGUGAUCUGCUUACUCUGUGUAUGUCUAAUUAAAGCUUUCUGUCCUAUUCAGUUCCUUGUGAAAAAUAAGCAGUCUUUAGUAAUCUUCAAAAUUGUGACUGUUGUAUGCAUUUAUAAGAUUUUUAACUAUCAUAUCCCAUUUAAAGAAAAACUUCACAAGUA